AUGUCCUGUCCUAAAUGUAUCGAAGGCUUUCUUCUGCCAGGGGAUCCAGCAGGAACAAUUGAAAAAGACUUCCGAGGCGCCUACCAUGCAUGUCCCAGGUCAGCCGAUGCAAAUGAGGUUGCCACGUCUGCAGAAGACGCACAACGCGCCAUCAUUCUGCUUACAGAUGGAUUUGGCUUGCCAUUGAAGAACUGCAAGAUAAUCGCGGAUAACCUGGCCAACCGGCUAAACUGCGACGUUUGGAUACCUGAUUACUUUGAUGGGAGGCCACUUGUUCCAGUUGAUGACCUGAGAACACCCGAUCGCGCCAGCAAGACAAUGAGUGUACUGGACUGGAUCAAGUUCAUCUUGUUCACCGGUAUUCCUAGUCUCCCUGCCUUCAUUCAUAGCAGGCCAGCUGUGGCUGAUAAGCGAGUCACCUCGUUCAUAAAUGACUUAAAAGAGAAGAAACAUUAUACUAAGUUAGGAGUAGUAGGGUACUGCUUUGGUGGCGCCACGGCUGUCCGCUUUGCGGGCACAAACCUGGUUGAUGCCGCUGUCAUAUGUCAUCCCGCCGGAUUCCCGAUACGUGAAGCACAGGCUAUCAAGGUACCCACAACUUGGGCAUGCGCAGAUGUCGAUAUAUUCUGGCCCCGCUCAAAGCGCUUGCAAGUCGAAGCAAUUCUAUCCGCAAAGAAAGGGAAGGAAGAUUUCAGAGAGUAUGAAUUCAAAGAUUAUAAAGGAACUGCACAUGGAUUCGCUGCACGCCCUAAUCUCAACAUUCCGGAAGUUAAAGAAGCCUACGAGCAAGCAUUUGAGCAGACAGUCGAGUGGUUCAAGAAGACACUCGUCUAA